AUGCGUUGGCCCCGCCUCUUCAGUCGUCAACGUUCCCCGCCUCCAGAAGACAGUUCUCCCGAGCUCACCUCCGGCCAAACCACAUCGAGGAGCGGGGAUAAACCCGGAUCAUUUAGCCAUCUUCACGACUUUUGGGAAGAGUUUACCUUUUUCGGCGUUGAUCCGAAUGACCGUCCCGUACAGGAACCCCCAAUUGUAUGUACGGUUUCCAAUCUUUUUUGCUUGCUUUCUAGGUUGAAGUGACUCAUUUUGUACCGUUGGUGUUCUAAAGAAAAAAAGGCCUUCAAAUUUCAGUGAAUUAGAAUUAAGUAUGUUAUCCAUGAGUGAUUUAUAGCCCGUUCCGUUUUCUACAGAUUGACUUGUGAAGGCGGGAAUCAGGCGCUAAAGUAAAACUUUCUCUGAAAAACACCAUUUAGUUUCCCGUUAAUUUUCAUAUUUGUUCUUCAGAUCUAUGGUCGAUGGUUUAAUCGCGGGAAGCCAGUUGGACUAAAAGACGGCACUGAAUACAAUGUUCUUGUUUCGGCAAAACCAAUGAUCACCUGGAAAAACAUUACCGAAGCAAAGUUCUUCGCUUACAUAACUCCGGAAAGUCAAAAAGUUGUGUUGAGAGAUCUAAAAGAAAGGGCGGAAGUCGUACACUUGUUGAUCCUCCGCGGAGUGGAAGAGAAGCUCUGGCGCAAGGUUACCACGAAAUUGAACAGUCUGUUUUUUUAAACGAUUAUUAUUUUUUGUUUUUAGCUGCAAAACUGCAAAGAUUGGAGGUGACGAUGUUUCCUAAGGAUGAGCCCGCGCCUGAAGGCUUCAGGACGAUGCUGUCGGUGUUUGGAACGAAGGUCAAAGGUGUUCAGACCGACAAGAAUGGACUAACAAUGGUACCAGACUCCCUUGUCUUGGAGAAGUUUCUGCUCAGAAUGAGUACCCAUUUUGACGAAAGGCAGGAAGAAGCACCUUUGGAUUUGGUCGCUCUCUUGAGGUUUGCUUUACUUUAUUUCUUUGCAAAUUAAUUUUUAAGCAAGUUGUUUUGAAUGUAGGUUGAACACGACUAUCCUGAUCAUUGAUGGCCAGAUCGACAAAUUUAAAAUGAAGCUUGAUGGACUGGAUCAUACGCAACAGAACCCUCACAUUCAACGGAUUGAGUAUCGAGCAGAAGGAACGGAGUUUCGGGAGCUUAUCGAGCUGAUUAAAGGAUUUCGUCGAAUUCUUCCGGGGUUGAAUGCUGUCAACUUCGGAACCUUAAAAGCGCGAAAAGUGGAUGUUCUGGUAGGAGUUUUUGAUAUAUUAAUUUCACCUGCUUUUAGCCGAGUCAGAAAAACGUCGUCGAACAAAUAAAACGCGCUUUCAAUACUUUGAAGUCUCAGAUUGACCGGCUUUUGGAUUAUUGCCAAACAAACUCCAUCGAUUUGACUGUAGAAAUCGGGUUCGAAGCCACAUUCAGAAUCAAAUUUCUGUCUUGGACAACCGACAUCCUUGAGUCUUUCCCUCCUGACACCGAACAUGUCGGAGAAGCAGUCUUGUCUUUUUGCGGAAAAGGAGAGGCGGAAUGUCAGGAUUACGUGUACCGGCAAGCAGGAGUCAAAGUAAACAUUAAGGCCUUCAAUACUCAUGGGCGAAUAUUAGUGA